GGUCCUUGAGCGUUUCAUGACCGGCCGCAUCUGCACAGCUGGGUCAGGGGAGGAGGCAAGAGCCAGUCCGGAACAGCACACUCCAUCGCUGCAGAGAGCCCGCAGCAGCUCCGACAUGGCUGCAGAUCAAGCUUUUGUGACCCUGGCUACAAAUGACACCUAUGUAAAAGGAGCGCUGGUGUUGGGAUCAUCUCUGCGACAACACAACACUACAAACAAGCUGGUUGUGCUUAUAACUCCUCAGGUCUCAGACGCCAUGAGAAAAGUACUUGACAAAGUCUAUGAUGAUGUUCGAGUGGUGGAUGUCUUGGACAGUGGGGAUUCUGCACACCUCGCUUUAAUGAAACGACCUGAAUUGGGAGUCACACUGACAAAAAUACACUGUUGGACUCUUACAGAAUAUUCCAAAUGCGUAUUCAUGGACGCAGACACCAUGGUUUUGUGUAACAUUGAUGAGCUUUUUGAAAGAGAAGAGCUGUCUGCAGCACCGGACCCAGGCUGGCCUGACUGCUUCAACUCUGGAGUGUUUGUUUUUACACCAUCUUUUGAAACCUACAAUGAUCUUCUACAGUUGGCAACACAAAAAGGCAGCUUUGAUGGUGGGGACCAAGGAUUGCUAAACACAUUUUUUGAUACUUGGGCCACAAAAGAUAUAAACAAGCAUCUCCCCUUUGUGUACAACCUGAGCAGUGUCUCCUUGUACUCCUAUCUUCCAGCAUUCAAAGCAUUUGGAGCCAAUGCUAAGGUGGUGCAUUUCCUGGGGAAGGUGAAGCCUUGGAACUAUACGUACGACAGUAAAACAAAAAGCGUGAGGAGUGAUGUACAUGAUCCAUCUCUCAUUCACCCAGAAUUCCUCAACCUCUGGUGGGACAUCUACUCUACUAAGAUUGUCUCUCUGCUUACACAAGAAGGAGCUGUUAAAGAAGCAACAACUGCCCUACAAGUGCUAUCGGGCUUGGUCUAUACACUGGCUUUCUCUUGUCGCUUCUGUAGAGAGGAGGAGGUUAAAGAAGCAGUGGUACAGAUGUCCAUUUCACAUUCACAUUCUCCUCCAUCUGCAUCUUCAGAAGAACGCCGGGAAAGAUGGGAACAAGGCCAGGUGGAUUACAUGGGCGAAGACUCGUAUGAAAACAUCAAAAAGAAGCUUGACUCCUAUCUCCAAUAGAACUUCUUCUCUUGCAUAAAGAACAUGUUCAAGAGCUAUUCAUUGUCUAGGACAGCGUUCUAUCUACUGUUUACUUAAUGCUAGGAGCUUUAUGAAGACCAUUUUUUUUUUCCCACUGUCAGUGGGAAAGUUAAAAUGGGUAAACUGUUACAAACCCAGUUAAUGUGCCAUUUUCCCUUUUAGCUGUAGCUAGAGGGUAGAAGUGGCUCUAGGUGAUAUGGGAUUAAUAGUUUUAGAUCUGGUUUGAAACUUGAAAAGUAGCCCCUAAGUGGUAAUUUUAACCUCAACAUGAUUUGGCAUUGUGCACCUUGCUUAAGCAUUAGCUAAUGCUCCCGCGCUGUUCCAUGUGAUCCAUCUUGGAUUGUACAGGUUGUGUAAGCAAUGGCAGUUUGCUUCUCCAGGGUACCCACAGUUGUCCUUUUGUCCACAUCUGCAAACUGUCAGCAUGAAUAAGCUGCUCCUAAAUGCCAGACUCUGGGAGCUGCACCAAGUGCACUGCCAACACACCUUGGAAUGCUUCUUGUUCAGUUCUGUAGCCAACAAGGCACAUGUACUGUACUACAUUUCUCUGAACUAACAUGGCACUUCAGAAAUAAACUGAUCCUGAUUCAGUA